CUCAGUGGAAGAGUCGCUCCGCUUCUAGGCUCCGGACUGGUUUAUUCUCUGCCUCCUCGUGGAUAUCAGUUGAGCAGCUUGACGGAAGCCAGAAGACUAUUCCAGCUGGAGCACACUGAACGUGUCCCGAAAAAACUUCUUUAUUUUCCGGUAUUUGCCGGUUUUCACCUCCGUUUCCUGCCUGCUGCGUUUGGAUUACAGAGAGCAGCGAACAGCCUGAGCGCGUAAACUCCAGAAACCAUGGAUCUAUGGAUAAAGUUAAUGUUGUUGUACAGCUGCUGCGUUGAAGCAAGCGCAGACUUCAAUGGGAGGUGGCCUCGACAGAUGGCGUCAUCAAACGGGCUGUGUCGAUACGGAGCCAGGGUGGACUGCUGCUGGGGCUGGACGCGCCGCUCCUGGGGUCACUGCCAGCCUCUCUUCGCCUUAACUCACAGAGUAGUCGGGAUAAAGUGCCAUCCCCAAGCUGUGUGUCAGCCGGGCUGUAAGCAUGGAGACUGCGUUGGACCCAAUAAGUGCAAGUGCCAUCCCGGCUUCACCGGCAAGACCUGCAAUCAAGAAGAGAUGCUGGACCAUUUUAACCCACCAGCGUGGGGCCAUCACCACCCUCUCUUUCUUCCCGUGGACCAUCGGCCAAUGGGAGUGGUGACAGAGGACCUGAACGAGUGUGGGCUGAAGCCGAGGCCUUGUAAACACAGGUGCAUGAACACGUACGGGAGUUACAAGUGCUACUGCCUUAAUGGCUACAUGCUGAUGCCUGAUGGGACCUGUGGAAACACUCGGACUUGUGCCAUGGCCAACUGCCAGUACGGCUGCGAGGUGCUGAAAGGGGAGGUCCGAUGUCAGUGUCCAUCUCCCGGGUUACAGUUGGCUCCAGAUGGAAGAACCUGUGUGGAUGUGGACGAGUGUGCAGCAGGGAUAGCCGUGUGUCCCAGGUUCAGGAAAUGCAUCAACACCUUUGGUAGCUACAUCUGCAAGUGCCACGAAGGCUUCGACCUGCAAUACAUCAACGGGAAAUACCAGUGCUUGGAUGUGGAUGAGUGCUCUUUAGGUCUGAGCCACUGCAGCGGCUUUGCCACCUGCUACAACACGCCGGGCUCCUACAAGUGCAAAUGCAAAGACGGCUACAGGGGGAUGGGCCACGACUGUAAACCAAUUCCGAAGGUGGUUAUUGACCCUCCGAGACCCGGAAAACCAGCUCCCAGUCAUCACAACCACAUCCCAGAUUUGGAUCACAGGAGGAUGACUACAAUCCGCCCAACAAUGACGCCCAAAAAACACUUCCCUGUUGUCCCCAAAGCUACGACUACGACCACAGCCCCUCUGCCUCCCAGGAGGGCCACGCCGCCUCCUCGCAAGCCAGUCGUUCCUACUCGAAGGCCAUUCAUCCCUACCAGAAAGCCACCACGCAUCCCACCAAAACCAGUGGCUCCCUCCAGCCAGCCCCCACCACCUCCACCAGUCACACCAGUAGACAACACAAUCCAGAAGGAGGUCACCAAACAGAGAGGCGAUGUGCACAUCCCUCGAAACCACGGCCACAACACCGUUCUCGACUCCGACUUUGACAUUGAGCUCGGCAACACGGCGGAUGAACUCAACGAUGAUCCAGAUUCGGGGUACCUGAGCUGUUCCUUUGACUACGGACUGUGUGGGUGGAUCAGAGACAAAGAUGGAGACCUGCACUGGGAGACGACUCCUGAUCCAACAGGUGGACGAUAUCUAACGAUUCCAGAGACAGGAAACAAGAGGACUGGUCGAGGGGCCCGACUUGUCCUCCCACUCACCCCACCCUGGAAUGAUGGCAACAUGUGCCUGUCAUUCAGACACAAGCUGGCUGGUCACCAUGUGGGAAUGCUUCAAGUGUUUGUGAAAAAGGGAAAGCAGUACAGUCCGGCGGUGUGGGGCCGAACAGGUGGGAACGGCUGGAGACACACUCAGAUCACUCUGUGGGGCACAGGCCUGGAAAGCGUGAUCCUGAAGGGGGAACGUGGGCGAGGCAGAAGUGGAGAGAUGGUUGUGGACGACAUGACCUUGAGAAAAGGCUCCUGCACAGAGGAGCACAAUCUGAGGAGACUCUGACUGACUCAACAGAGAUAGGCUGUAAAAAGGAAAAAAGAUCCUAAAGAGAACUAACUCUGUCGUUAAACUCCCUUACUCUGCCUGGAUCCUCACUCGUCCCUCAUUCAUCCCUCCGGCUUUCCUGUGAAUGGUUUCCCAAAAACAGUGGAUUUUUCUUUUUAGACUUUCCACAAACAAGGAAAACUGAACCCCAUCUGAUGGGUGGACCCUGGCAGUGCAUCCCGGUCCUCUCAUCCCACUUGUCUUGAUAUUCUGCAUGUACCAAUUUGUCAUGUAAACGUCUCUCACUUCACACAGACCAUGCAGCCACACCGCUGAGAGGUCUUCAUUCACUAUUUUCUUUCUGGAGAAAGCACCAUUCCUUCAUGUCAGAUUCAGUUUGUGCUUUAAUUUGAUCUUUCAGAUAAAAGCUAAUCACUUUGAAGAGCUAAAUGUUGAAACAUGUGGCCAAAGGCGGCAUCAAGUGAAUGUCUGAAUAGAAACAACUUGUCAAAUGUUUCUUUGUGGAUUACAGAUAAAGUAGAAGACAAGUCAUAUUUGUGAGGUUUGUCAAACUGGGUGUCGACAAGAGACCUGAACUAUGAAGCAGGUUAUCUUUACAAAACCUUAGUUUUACUAAUAACGAAGAUCUAUUUCUGCAAACCUGGUUAUCAACUUUGUAAGCCAAUCCAGGUGUGCAUAUCUGAAUGUGCAUGAAAAGAAAAACAGUGGCAUUAGCAUCAAAUGACCUAUCGCAGCUAAAGAAUAAAAAGAAACGUUGUAAAAUACACAAAUGGGACAUCCGCACUAGCAUCAGCUCCGCAUGGUCUGGAUAGCAUAGAGAGUGUCCACAUUAGCAAAGCCUGUCUUUUUUCAGGGUGCAACCGGACUGUUUUUCAGCCCUCUUCCCAAGGUGGUCUGCUUCAGGAUGACCAGGGCCAACACACCCACAGCUGACUAAUAGGCCGGCUCAAAUUCACACCUCCCACUAGGGGAAGCCUCCGACUGGUGGGUAGAAACAGCCCACGUGGGCUUACAGCAUGCACAAUUCAUUAUCAUGCUGAUUACCUAGAGAGAACAUCUCUGACUACUUUCCUUGCAUUCCUAAGCAAGGACGUGUGUAAAUAACUGGGCCAGGCAGGGGCUGGCUGGGGCUAUAGGGAGCCUGAAGCCCCCUUCAGACAGGCCAUGAAAAACGGAAAUGUUCCGGACUCUGUCCGUAAGACCUUUGUGUCUGAAUACAAACAUCCGGAUAACGUGUUCCGGAAUUUUACCGGACGAAGCCCCUAGUAACAGGUCCGGACAUGUUACGGACAGGGUGGCUGCUUCAGACUGGUGAGGUAAAGUUCCGGACAAUGGGGAGGGGGAGGAGGAGGGGACCGGGGGACGCUGUGCGCAGCCCGCUGCUGUAGCAUGCGGCGAACCACGGCAGCUCGCCUCCUACGGUACCGCCUAGACGUGCGACGGAGCGCUUCACACCGCUUCAGUGAUUCCUUUAACCAUUGAGCUUCAUCAUCCAGGUCUCUUAUGCGUCUUCGUGUGCGCAGAAUUAUGCUUAAGCGCCUCGUGAUUUUUAUCUUGAGAGGCGCUGUAGAAACGAUAUUUUCUUCUUCUUCUUCUUAACAUAAGUCCGAUUCUCCCCCACCCCCAUCCCACCCCCCGCCGCCGUCAGACAUCUGGAACUUUACCCUGCUGUGUGAACGCAGCCGAAAGGACAAGUUCCGGUACAAAAGUGGUGUGUCUGAAAACACAGUUCCGGUUAAAAACCGGAUUGAAUUGUCCACAAAUGUUCCAGAAUGUCUAUCUGAAAAGGGCUUAAGUCACGCCCAUCUACUUCCGGACCAUGGGUCCCCAGAAGAACAAAAAAAUUAAUGCAAGUCAAUGGGGCUAAAAACGCUAAUUUCUAAUUCUGCUUGUUUUGUGCCUUGGACACAUUUUGAUACCAAGAACACGCUUAUUUUUGAAUGGGGGAAAAUGCUAUUUUAGGUUUUGUGUGAAAAUAAGUCCAGGACUACAAAUGCGCUUCACAAAAGUGACGUUAUCGAACCAGACACGGAGAAAACUGAGGGAAAAGGGCUGUAAGUUCAGCGAUCUUCCCACAGGAGGAAAGAACCACCAUAAAUCUGGUCAUUUGGUAAGGAGCAGCUACAUUAGGGGAGAGGAGAUUAUGCGGUAACAUCACAUAUGCAACUUGCCAAUUUCUGGUGUGUAGACAUGCUUAUUAUGAACUUUUAGAAGCUGAUGAAUCUCAAAGAAUGUGAGUGGCGAGGUUGAAACACCCAUCAUUACUUUUCAUUUAAAUUGCUGUCCAGGACGUAAGGCAAAGCGGAUGAGAAAAUAGCGUUUUUAGCCCAGAUGACUUGCAUUCAUUAUUUUUGUUCUUCCGGGGUCAGGCUACCUAUCCGGGCGGUGUGGAGCCAAUCCUAAUGGGGAAGGCCCAAAACAAAAGAAGAAGGUAUUGUUUUAAAGUGGCACACUAAAAGGCCAUGACUCAUCUGCAAAUAGCUAAGACAUCAGGCUGUGAUCUUUAGUAUACACCAGGGUAGUUUCCAGCCAAAGGUGAAAAAAACCACAACGAGAGCUGAAUCUGAGGAUAUAUUGUAGGUCUCAGAUGGGAAAAAGUUGGAAGGAUCUCUCAGGGUUGGGAUUGAGUCCUUGUCCUAAGCAACACAAAUCAAGUACUUAGGUGUUUUGCUUGUGACUGAUAGGAUGGAGCAAGACAUGGGCUGAUGGAUCGGGGCUUUGUCUGUAGUAAUGAGGGCUUUACUUCAGUAAAUUUAAGCCUAAUUUUAACUCCUCCAUCUGCGUGGGUACAGAGACAUGCAACGGAAUUAUGCGUCGGCGCAAGGGCCCUCCGAUUGGCUCGCAGAGACACGCCCACAUUUUUAAAUAUCCAUCAAACAUAAUGGAGACUGCCAGCUUUUGAUUGGUCAGGAUGCCGCUUUCUUUAAAUUUGUCAACAGCACUGCCAUUGUUCCCUCCAAAAAAAAAAACAAUGUUUAACGGCAGACACAGAACAGACUGAAGAAUGCCUCACGGAAAAAGUCUGAAAAUAUGUUUUCAACCGUGACUGAAGGAGUACAAAGAUAUGCAGCAAGCAAUUUUAUUUGUGGACGGAAAAGUCGGAAAACUUGGGUUUAGAGAUGCCAAUCGCAUUAAGAGUUGGAAGAGAAUGAGAUAUGAAAUCAUCGUGCUUAAAUUGCUCUGAAAUACAAUAAAGCAAUGUAAACUAGAGUAAAUAUCCUAUCAUGGACCGGAUACGUAACUGUAACGGUACGUGGCAGGAAUAGCGCUAUGCACGCUGUUGUCCUAGCGGGGAAUUGUUUUUUAACACUGUCCAGGAGACGAAGAAGUUCAAAGUAAAAUGUCUCGUGAAUGAGUGUCUCUCCCUCGCGUAGCUCAUGGAGAAGUAAAAAUUAGGGUUUAAGGUCAAAUAUCCUGCAUCGGUGAAGUCAGAGGACUCCAAAGCGCCUAAAGCUUGGUUUAUGCUUGAGGCAUUCACUUUCCGCUUGGUGAUGCAGCUCGCGGAUGGAACGCGCUUCACAACUUGCAGCGUUUAUGGUUCAUGCGGCUUGUCUCUGCGGUGAGCCAAUAUUCUCCCAAACUGUAGGGGGCAGCAUGGAGCUCUACGGCAUGCAUCCAACACUACACCAUAGUAGAAGUAAAAAUUACUGUUGUUUACAACAUGGCAUUCCAGCAUUUUUUAACAGUGUCCUCGUCUUUUCCGACAGUGCGAGCUAUUUCUCUCCAAGAAUUACUCACAACAUGUUGAUCACGGUGAUCUUUGAGAGCUGAAUCAUACAAAUGUCUGUAUUUACGAACCUCUGCCAUACUAGUUCUUGCCGGUCCGCCAUGUUUUUCCACGUCCGACCAUCCGCGUGGUUAGAAAAUUUCCUAGGUGCGCAGUGCGGAAAGUUUGGGCCGUGCGGAGGCGCGGUGGAGGGGCGUGAUUGUUAAAAUGACGCAAUUUUUCCGCGCGGAGCCGUGCGGACUUCGCGAACGCGUCAAGCAUAAACCAACCUUAACGCUGCAAUCAUUCUUUGAGCAGGUUAGCUUUAGUGUGAAUGAUGUUGGUGACACAAAGCUCGGGACACUGAAAAUUGCUGAAUUACCUCACUAAUACUAUUCCUGCUUCGUAGUACAGGCCUCUAUCUACUGCAUAGACAUCAGUGUAUUUUCUAACAUACAUCUUUUUAUGUGUUUUAGGUCAGAUUGUGAUUUUAAAUAAAGUGCAAGCUGCAUUCCCAUGUUUUCAGAUAAACCGCCUCAUAGGUGACUGCACUCACAUCUACAUCGCAGUCCAAGUUGUGUGUGCGUGUGUGUGUGUGUGUGUGUGUGUGUGCAAAUAUAUCCAGCCAAAGGAGUCCAUAUCAGUAAUCUGGAGGGAAUUUUCCAAAUGUUUAUUUUUCCAGUGGCUGAAAACCCAAUCAGAUUGGACUGAAAGCCAAUGACAAAAGCAUCAUUUUUAUAAACACUUGCAUAUGUAAGCAAACAGCCUACAUUGUGUCGUGUACAACACAGGUUCUCUUUUAAUUUGUUCCCCAAAAGCAAAUGGCAAUGAUUUAUUUCCCUAAGAUGACUCAACUCUCUUCAGAUACUCGAAGUGCGUAAAAAAAAAAAAGUUUGACCCACGUAAAUCAACAGUUACUUUUUAUUGUGCUUUGUUAUAUUAAGUGCAUUUGUUACAGACAAUACCAAGAACUUUAUAAGCUGAAUGGUAUAAGUGUAAAUGUAGUGGUGUGUACAUACUCUAUACAAUGCCAUAUGGUGUGAUUUCCAUGUUAUGUAAAUUCAUAUCAGAAUUUGAAUUGGCUUUUUUAGUGGUUGGUGUUUGAACAUUUAAUUAAAUAACAGAUGGAAACCUUGUGUUGAAAGUGCAGAAAAAGUGUGUGUUCAUGGGCAUUAUGCUCUUUCUCUUUAUUUUUGCACAGCACAUAGUUGCAAAGCGUGUAUUAGUGCAAUAAAAGGCACUGGUAAGAGCUUAUUGUCAUAA